GUGUCAAUGUCACGAUCAAACUUACUAUGACAAAACAAAAAAUCAACAAGUAAAGGAAUUGUACAACUGAAUAUAUUUAGCAAAGUAAAAAAAGGAAAAAAAAAUACGUAAAGAAUUCGAGCCCAAAAAUGAUGAAAACUAUGGCGCCUCUGCCUAUUAUAGAUAAGGAGAAUGCACCACAGAAACGUGUGCAGCGACUCCCUAUCGCUAAGCGGGCACAGUCUGCGAGCCCCGCUGUCAGACCACGGAAUCCGGUUCUUGGAAAAAAACCUGAUCAAAGAAGAUGUCAAAGCUUAUCACCGCUAAGUCCUACUAGGAAAAGAUUUACUCCGGAGGUUUUGGAACGACCGUUCACUCAAGGCAGCGUCUCUGCACCAGAAGCUGCUCGUCCUCUCGAUAAUUAUUCGUUGGAGCAUCUGCAAGCAGAUAAAGAAGUGGUGAUGCCGCAAUGUGUACUGUCGAAAAUAAUGAGAACCCUCGCAACUAAAAAAAGAGAAUUUAUCAAAAUGCGAAAAAAUUUAAUAGCGCAGCAAAACUCUCUGUUGGAGCACUACGCGAUCCUGCGGGAUAUGGAGAGUCGCGCUGGUGUCGCCGCGGAGACGCUGGGUGAAGUCCGCGUGCUGUCGGUGAGCGGGUGGCCAGCGCAUGAUCUGCUGCUGCUCGUCAGAGACGACCUCGAAAUGCCGAUGAACUCUGAGAUAAACGGCGUAUUCGGUACGCAUGUGCUACAACAACUCAUGGCUCAGUUGAACCCGAUACCAGAAGAAGUUUUAGGGAUGGGUGCGGAACUGAUGGCGAGACGUUUGGAGCUAUUGAACUUCCUCCGAGGGAAACAUCGAAGUGAUCGUGCUACGUUUUCGACGAAUUUGGAAUGGAAAACCAGAAAUACGGAAUUCGACAAUGACACCGAGAGAUUACAUCGAAUGGUUGCCGGGAUUGCUGAAAAUUUAAAAGCUAAAAUUAACUUUUCUCUGGAAAUAGCCAAAAUACCGUGGUUGGAUCGCGACACUAUGAUAAAGAAAAUAGAACGAUUGCAAAAAGAAAAUUCAAUACUUCAACACAAGGUUGAUGAAACUUCUAAAAAAGAAAACGAAGAACCGCCUUGUCAUCCAGUCCAGUCUGGUUCCUAUAAUUAUCAGGUACUGAACGAGGAACUGUCAAAAGAGCGAGCGGCGCGCGAAGCACUGAAGGAGGUAGUGGCAUCAGCGGAGAGCAUGCUGCGUGUAGCGCGCGCCCGCAUCGCGACCUUGGAGAGGCAGCUCAAAGAUACCAAGGCUGAAUUCGAAAUCGCCAAGAAGAAGCACAAAGACCUCGAGCAACUCGUAAACAGACUCGCAAUCGAACGUUCACAUGCGACAUAUCGUCAUCGCGAGAACAGUUACGAUGCCAGAUCAAAAAAGCUCCUCGAAGUCUCAAAAACCGGCGAAAUUACAAUAGAGACUUUGUCGCGACAGCGAGAUGCCCUUGAGCUUAGGGUUAAAGAACUACGCGAGCAAGCAGAAACGGCGGAACAAGUCGCACAGUCACGUGUGUCAGAACAGAAGGCUCGCACCGAGUUCCUUCAGGCGAAGGUAGCAGAACAGGAGAAGAGUAAAGCAGUAGCCGAGUCCAAGGUUGUUGAACUUGAAGGGAAAGUGAAAGAGUUGGAAAGUCAGUUACAAUCUUUUCGUGAUCGAUCGAUCAGACUAGUGGAUAUGGAGCGUCGGCGUUGCCUGGAGUACGUUCCGUGUAAAGAAAACGAACCUACGGACAGAGAGACUGAAAUUUGGAAAGAGCUGCAAAUGACUCGAGGAGCGUUGCUUCGGUCUGAAGAGGAGUUACGUCAGAGUCGCGCCGAGAAAGAUAGUUUUUUGAAUUCACUGUCCAGAAUAGCGCAAGGCGAAGGAACUGAGAGUUUUCAAGAUAAAAUGGCGACAGAGUUGCUUGAUCGAGAACAAAAGAUUGUUAAGCUGCAGCAAACUAUUGAUGAGCAACGAGAAAAUGAGAAAUCAAUGGAGCAGACUAUGACACAAUAUGAAAAUCAACUGGCAGCUUUACGUCUUGAAGUGAAACGAUUGAGAAAUUAUGACUGUUACUCUAAAGACGUAUCAUAUCCGGAAUUACAAACAGAGAUAUUGGAUUUACAUUUGCAAGUCGAAACGUUAUCUAGAGAGAGGACAGCGUUAAUUACUGCUGCAGCUUCUCGAGCAUUGAUGCUUGAACGUCAUGAGAGAGCUGCUGAUCUAUUCGCUCGCAUGGUGCGGGCGCGGAAAGAUCUCGCCGCAUUACUGGACGGACGAAUAGACCCACCGCCCUUCGAAGAUAUCGCACACGCAGAGAUGUCCCGAUCGUUGACGUCCGUAUGUGCAACAGCGGCAGACACGUGGACAGCUUUACGGGCUGAGAGAGCUCGGGUACUAAGACUAGAGAGUGCGGUACUUGCUCAAAGUUUGCAGUUGGAGAGAGAAGGGCUUGUUCGGACGCAGCUUGAGCGACGCAAGGCUAUACUCGAAAGAGAAUUAUUACGAGCGAACCAUUCCACAUCGGCAAAUUCUGUUGUGAUGUGCGGGAACCCAAGUUUGGAUUCAGAUUUUUUUGGAAAUAAGCAAAGGAAGUACUAGUGAAACAAGUGUUUAUAAAGGAAGUACUAGUGAAACAGGUGUUUAUUGUACAAGCCACAUUUAAUGAAAUAUCAUGUCAACUUUACAAUUUCUUAAAAAUAAAAAUCUUAUAAACAAAA